AUGGACAAAAUAUUUAAAUAACUCAUUGAUUAGAGAAAUACCUAGACACCCUAGGAUAUUCUUCAAUCCUUAAGUCAAGAGUCUACCUAUUCAUCUCUUGAACCCCUUGAUGAAUUAAUCUGUUUUCAAACUCAGGAGAGCGUUGAAACAAGAAGAGAGAGACUCCUAAAGGAAAGUUAGUGCAAGGGUAAGCUAAACUCGAAAUAAUAUAUUAUAGCCUCACUAUCCCUUGAUCAGAUAAACCAAUUAAUUAAGCAGAAUUUGCAAAAGAUACCACCCUGGGUAAAUGAAUAAACUCUUAGUAUAAAAACCAAAAGUGCAAGAGCAUACUUUCAUUCGGAAGUUCUAAGAUUUGUGGAAUGGAUUCAGAUGAGUGAUGCAGAAAUUAAAUAGAGGUAUGAGAUCCUAAACGAAAUUGAAAAGCUUGUUCAAAUUAAAAUUCCAGGAACACAAUUAUACAUGUUUGGCUCAACAGCUAAUAGAUUAGCGUUUUCAGGAUCUGAUAUUGAUAUCUUGGUGAUGAAUAAUGACUACGGCUAUGCUAACCUCUACAAUCACGUUCUGCAUAUCAUGGUUGAAAGCAAUUUGUUCGAGAGCAUUGAUGAUAUAAGAAACACUCAAGUCCCUAUAAUUCAAGCUUAGCAUAAAGCCACUGGCAUCAGUAUGGAUAUUGUUAUGAAUAGAGACGAUGGGCUUAAAGGUCUUUCACUAGUAAGCACUCUUAUUUCAAAAUAUCCUGAACUUAGACCUAUGUACUUUGUUCUAAAGGCUUUCCUCAAGUAUAAAAAUGUUCAUAAACCUUACACUGGAGGCAUAGGCUCUUUCGUAUUGAUUAACAUGAUAGCAUUUUAUCUGCAAAUGCACUAUAAGAGGGUAAGAGAUAUUAAUGAGAAGGUGUUUUUGUAAGAUCACAUAAUCUGUUUCUUCAAGUUCUUUGGAAGACAACUAGAUAUCAAAUUCCUUGGAUUCUCAAUCAGAGAUGGUGGAUUUAUUUUCGAUAAAGAUCAUGAGUAUCUGGGUAAGGAAGGAAAUACCAGAGAAGAUUUCAAACUCUGCAUUGAAAGCCCGUUGUAGUUUAGUGAUGAUUUAGGGGGUUCUGUGAGAAAUAUUAGCAUUAUAAGAAAGUUGUUCAACCUCGCUAGCGAUGUUAUUAGGUAUAAUCUGCUAAACUCAAAUAGCUUUGUACUUCUAAUAGUGCCAGAAGCAUACAAACUCAAGAAUUUGGAUUAAGAUUGA